AUGGGGACCGCCACCGCCGACAUGGCCGCAGUAGCGGACGAGGAGGCGUGUCUGUACGCGUUGCAGCUGGCGUCGUCGUCCAUCCUCCCCAUGACGCUCAAGAGCGCCAUCGAGCUGGGCCUGCUCGACGUCCUGGAGGCCGCCCGUAAGACUGCGGGAGGAGGCCCCGCCGCGACGCUGGCACCCGAGGAGGUGGUGGCGCGGCUGCCCGUCGCGCCCAAGAACCCCGACGCGCCGGCCAUGGUGGACCGCAUGCUGCGGCUGCUGGCCUCCUACGACGUGGUGAGGUGCCAGGUGGAGGAGGGGGAGGACGGCAAGCUGUCGCGGCGGUACGGCGCCGCGCCGGUGUGCAAGUGGCUCACGCCCAACGAGGACGGCGUUUCCAUGGCCGCGCUCGCUCUCAUGAACCAGGACAAGGUCCUAAUGGAGAGCUGGUACUAUUUGAAGGACGCAGUGCUGGAGGGCGGCAUCGCGUUCAACAAGGCGUACGGCAUGUCGGCGUUCGAAUACCACGGCACGGACCCGCGCUUCAACCGCGUCUUCAACGAGGGCAUGAAGAACAACUCCGUCAUCAUCACCAAGAAGCUUCUAGAAUCCUACACCGGCUUCGAGGGCAUCGGCACCCUCGUCGACGUCGGGGGUGGCGUCGGCGCCACCAUCCAUGCCAUCACCUCCCGCUACCCGCACAUCAAGGGGAUCAACUUCGACCUCCCCCACGUCAUCUCCGACGCGCCACCACCGUUCCCGGGCGUGGAGCACGUCGGCGGCGACAUGUUCAAGUCGGUGCCCUCCGGCGACGCCGUCUUCAUGAAGUGGAUCCUCCACGACUGGAGCGACGCCCACUGCGCGACGUUGCUCAAGAACUGCUACGACGCGCUGCCGGCACACGGCAAGGUGAUCGUCGUCGAGUGCAUCCUGCCCAAGAACCCAGAGGCCAUACCCAAGACGCAGGUCAUGUUCCACGCCGACAUGAUCAUGCUCGCGCACAACCCCGGCGGCAAGGAGCGGUAUGAAAGGGAGUUCGAGGAGCUCGUCCGCGGCGUCGGGUUCAAGGGCAUCAAGGCGACCUACAUCUACGCCAACACAUGGGCCAUUGAGUUCACCAAGUAGAUAUUGUGCUUGUGCCUGCACUUUUUCGAUGAAUGGGUCUUCGUCAUUUUGU